AUAACCGAAGGCUCCUGAUAAAGGACUUAAUAAUAAAGCUUGGAUACUCUGUUUCUGCAGUGGCUUAGAGGGAGUGGAGAUCCCAAAUAUCCAGACAAGCAAGUUUCACCACAUGGAUAACCUCUCCUACAUUGUGGGUCUUGGCUUUUAUCACCUGCUUUGGAAACCUCUUUGUCAUUGGGAUGCGGACAGUCCUGCGGGAUUUUGUGCUGUGAGUACCAGAGGACGUAACCUUGUGGCAUUCCUCAUCAUUGUCGUGUCCUAUUCCAGCAUGUUUUACUCCAUCUAUAAGACAGGCAUCAAUGCCACAGAGCUGCGUGGACGGAUGCACAGGGAUGUGGCAAUGGCAAACCGCUUUUUCUUCGUUGUGUUCUCUGAUGCCCUCUGCUGGAUUCCCAUAUUUCUGGUCAAAAUCCUUUCCCUGCUGGAAGUUGAGGUACCAGUGGAUCUACAGAGUUUUCAGAGUGCCCGAGCACUGAAAGACGAUGUCCUGGUAGAGACUCUUUGCUGGUGA